GAUUUUUAGUACCAACAGAAAAAAAAAUAAAUGAAAAAGAAAAAAUGAGAAAACCUCAUUUCAAGGACAAAAAAGAUAAAAAUUCUCUCUCUUUCACCUUCUCUAUUCUCUCUCUCUUUCUCUCUCUAAAGAAUCGGAAACCCUCUCUCUCUCUCUAGGGUUUUUCCAAAGUUCGCACUCAAAUUCUACACUUCCAGCUUCGAAUCUCGUUGCUCAGCUAACUCUCCGAGGUUCGCGCUCUUAUGCUCUAUCUUCCACUACCAUUUUCUCUACAAGCCGUGGAAAAAUCGAAGUCGAGCUGAUGAGGAGUCUUAUGGUAUUCUAGACGAUUGAGUUUUUGCGGUUGAAUUGUGUGAACAUUAUGUUGGAAGGAGGUAUUUAUUAGCGGGGGGGAAUGUUUGAUGCUAUAACAUGGAGAAGGCUACUGUGAUGGAGGAGACUCAUCAAAAGAUCAACUCCAACAAUGCCUCCAUGGCUGUGGGAUCAUAUGUUAAGAUUGACUCAAUAUCUAUUGAUCUUGACAAUGUUAAUGAUAAGAGAGAUGCGGGGAAGUGUGAGCAUUUUUCAAUGCGCGGGUUUGUAUCUGAAAUCCGCAAAAAAGACUGGAAGAUGUGUUGGCCAUUUGCCUCAGAAAGUGAACAGAAUAGUUUUGAGGAAACAAAAUCUAUGCUUCCUCAUCUAAACGUUCCAAAAUUCAAAUGGUGGCGUUGCCAUAAUUGCACACAGGAAAUUGGUUCUGGGAGUGUUGUAAAAAAUCAUCAUCCAGGCUUUAAUUCUUGUAAUGCGGGAUCUAAAUUCACUUGCUCUCAGAUGCCAUCCUCGGCUGAUACUGCAAUACUUCUGCCAGAUAUUCAGCAAGCUCCAAAGUCAGGCAUUGUUGAGGGAAGAAUAGUUGAUGCUCAUAUAUCUACUAAUGUUAGUAGCAGUAUGCUUCAUCCUUCAUCAUGUAGUGACAAGAAAGAAGAGAAAGUUGAAGUUGCCACCACGACUUUCUUAGGACGUGAGACUGGCUUAAAAGAUGAUAUGAGUCAUGAAAUUCCCAGAUUAACUGUUGUUGUGAACGAAUUUGAUUCAAACAAGAUGCAGGAGAAACAUAAAUGUGACACAGGUACAGAAGCUCUAAAACUGGAAUCCAAUAGAUUUGUCGAAUUUAUAAAGCAAAGCUGUGAAAGUCAUGAAGGUACUGAUUUUGAGUUUCCGAUUGGAAACCACAAGUGCAAGGCUAGAAAUCCCCCCAAAAUUUGUCAGAGAGAAAAACAUGCUUCUAUGGAUGAACAACAGGAGUUAGUGAUAGCUUCUGGAACUUCAAUGUCACCCAGACUAAAUGAUGAGGCAGGUAAUGCUGUUAAGGAGCAGACAAAAGUUCUAAAUGAUGAGGCAAGCAAUGCUGUUAAGGAGCAGACAAACGGCGACUUGGUAUUAAAUGACUGUGAUUAUGCAUCAUCUGAGAGUUUUGAGAUUUUAGAUGAAAAUAACCUUCAGGAUCAUCAUCAGGAUAAGUCAGGUGGGUCCCACCGUAGGAAAAAUCGAAAGGUGCGUCUGCUGACUGAGUUGUUAUUUGAUAAUGGAGAUGGAAAGACUGGUCACAUCAGCACCGAAGAUUCUCCAUCCAAUGAAAUUAAUAGUGCAUCUCCAAUGGUAGAAAUGGUUUCUAUUCCUCAAGGUCAGGUGUCUCUCCAAGAAAAUCUGACAGGGGGUUUGGAUGAGAAUAAGAAAAGGAAGUUGCCUUAUGAUGGAGAAUGGAGAUCCCCACAGAUGAGCUUUCCAAAUCAUGUAAAUAAAAAAGUUAAGGACACCAAUGGAGAUGUAGAAACUGCUACUGGAAAUGCAGAUUCAGAAAUAGAGAAGGAUGGAUUUGGUGGAAUACGUCUGCAGACUGAUAUGGCAAACUAUUGGAAUAAGUAUAGUAUUGAUAGAAGUCCUAUUAAUGGUAAGAAAAAAAAUAAGAAAACCCAAGUCACUGAUGCAUGUUUGCCCUUGGCUCAAACUGAAGAAAGUUUGCCUAAGCAAAUCCAAGACAAAAUUGGAAUUUCAAGUAAGGUUAUUGUUGAUAAUGGUAUUCCUCCCAGACUAAUGCAAGAUGCAUACGCAGCCAAAGGAAUGGAUCAAAUUAUUUUGCCUGCUGUAAGAAAGGACAGGAAAUCUAGUCUUUGCAAGAAGAAAAGCAAGAUGCUACAGGUUGAUGAUGGAAAAGCACCUAGGAUCAUUGAUGAAGGUCCAACUACAAGAAAAGAUGUAGAAGUUAUCCAAACUGGGCCUUUACCUGUUUCUUUUCAGCCAGUUGAAGAUACAUCUACUGGAAAAGGACUGCAUCAUUCUCUUGGAAGUUAUUUGGUAGAACAAAGAUAUGACAGAAGAUAUAUUCCUCAGGUUGAAGAUGGCCUACUUAACUUGUUACCUUGGCAUGAGGGUACUUCAAAAGUGGAUGAGGUCAUGCGGAAUGAUGUAGAAACAACCUAUGUUGCUAAUUCAAGAGUUCCUUCUAAAUCCACUUCUUAUCCUUUUCUUGGUAAAGAAUUGCAUGGUGAACUUAGUAGUAGAUUAGCCACCUAUGGUAUGCCUGUUCUGAAUGAGAAGCGCAAGUACAGCCCUCAGGUUGGAGAAGCGAGUCAUUCUCAAAUGCAGCAAAGGGAAAUUUGUGGUGCAAGCAAUGGUCAGAAAUCUGUUAGAGUUAAGGAACAUUCAGCUGUUUGUAGACAACAUGGUGACCAAAUAACUGACAAGGUGUCUGAGCCUGGAGCUUUGGAUGACAUACCUAUGGAAAUUGUUGAACUUAUGGCAAAGAAUCAGUAUGAGAGGUGUCUAGAUAAUGCUGAAAACAGUAGGCAUCUGGUCGAAAUGACAAAUGAGGCAAGGAAUGGUCAAAUAAUAGAUUAUAGCAAAGUCUAUGGUUUUGAGAAAUUUAGAAUAUUAGAGGAAACAAGUCAGAAACGAAAACCUCAUGCCAAAAUUGGAAAAAAUGGCAUAACCAUGAGGAAAAAUGUAGGACCCACCAAAAAGAAGUCUGUUGAUUAUUUUUCUCAUAUUGAUGGAAACCACUUCAACAUGAGCCAUUUAGGUCAUACUCAUGGUCCUACAGGAAUUAGUACAUUUUCUCAGUCUCAGAAGAAGUCUCCAGGUAGAGUCCAAUUUCCUGCUACUGGUUCUAGCAGGUGUAGUUGUGCGCAAAACUGCAAAUGGAAUGGCGAUAUGGGGCAUGGUUUUUCUCAUACUGGCAUGCAGAUGGGUGCUUGUAACACAUGCCAAACCAUUUCACAGUCAAGUGAAGAAGCAGCUCGUCUUUGGUCAUCUAUGAUGCCAAACCACAUGCCCUUGGCAUAUAGUAUUCCUCAAAAAGCAGCAGCACAGCCUACUAGCGUAGAUAUGCUUUCACACUGUUCCAGCUCACUGCACAAGGGGAAUGUGAACAGGGAUCCUGAUCUAAAGUUUUUGAACCUAAAUUCUACUAGCCUUGAAAAACAUACUCAAAAAAUUGGGUCUGAAAAUUUAGGCAGAAGAAAUGCAGAGUAUCCAUUAGCUAACAAACAUAAUGGAAUUGGACUUCAUCAAAAUUUGGUAGGUUCAUUAGAUCUGUAUUCUAAUGAAACAAUACCAGCAAUGCAUUUACUCAGCCUCAUGGAUGCACGGAUGCAAUCAGGUGCAGCCUUCAAUAUGGGUGGAAACUCGAAGCUCCUUGAGAGACCCUGUCCUCGUGAUCAAACCUCUAAGGAGUAUUCCCGGCUGGAGAAUAGUGUUUACAAGGCAAGUAAUAGUAUGAAACACCUGUCAUCUGAGUAUUAUGGUAAAACUCAUCGUCCUGCGAAAUCCCAUGAUUGUUUUCUUGUCAAUCCGGCAGUUGGUCCAUCUACUUCCUCAUUUCAACAUGAUAAAGGUCUUGAAAGGACUACUGACUUUACAGGUCAAGUUUCCUUAAGCUCUCAAAAGAAAGAGAAGGUGCAUAGCUGUUCAACUACACAGAGUAGAGGUCGAAAACCACAAAAAUCUGUGCUUGCACAUGGUGGAUCAGGUAAAAAUCAUGGGGCAAUCUCCGUUCAUAACAUUUGCAGAGGGUUGCUUGAUUCAUCUGGUUCUCUGGUGUUCCCCUUGCAAUGCCACACUACAGAAAAUUCAACACAGAAGUUGGAAACCCGUCAAAGUAAUGGAACUUUUUGGCCACCAAAAAGCAGUUUGGAGUCCACACAUUGCUCUAUUAACAGAAACCCAGCUGAUUUUAGCAUGCCAGAAGUAGGGAAUGAGUAUAUGAUUAAAGGAGAAGACCUAAGAUUUGGAAAGCUAAUUCCUUUUGAAAUGAGGCCCAGCCUAAUUAAUUUGGAGCAGCACAAGCUACGGAGGAAUUUCAAGCACGCUACAGAAAAGGAACAUGUCCGCCGUCGAAUUUCAUGAGGAUCCUGAUGUCCAUAAUGGUGGAGUCCUGGAUUCUUUCCAGCUAAUGCAAAAAGUCGGAUUCUGUAGUGGAUUAGAAACCCAGUCAUAAUUUCCUUGCAAGUUGAUUUUGAAAUCAGAAACUGACUCCUUUGGAUUGUGUUUGGCGUCUUCCCUGUCUGAAGGUGAGCUAUGCAACAGUGCUAGGUGCCAGUCGAGAACUGUAUAUACCAUCUUGCCUUUUGACCAUCUGCAAGUAAAUAUAUAUAGAUAUAUAUAUGAUAUAUAUGUACUUUUAUUUCAGUUGUUAUAUGUGGGUGUCAUAUGGAUAAGUUAUGUAAAAGCCUCAACACAGCCCCUUCAGUUUUCAGAAGGGCUCAAGAUUGCUGCAGUGUUUUGACUAAUGCCCCAUUCCUUGGUGGGAAGUGGGAGUGGAAAAAAGAAACAGGAAACAGUAAACAGGGAUACAGGGAAUUAUCGAGCAUGGUUACUGGAUGCCUGUAUUUUAAGAACCCCAUUGGGGUAAUCAAUAAAUGGUUAAUCGUGGACAAUACUUGAAUUUGUAAUUUCAUAUAGUGCCCAAAACAAUUGUGAGAAUUGACUGUAUUGCUGUUUUGUGAGUGAUUUUAAAAUAAGACUUUUCAAACGUAAUAUAUUUUACGUGAUUUACACACCGUUUACAUUACACAGUAUAUUAUGCA